GUAUCAAAAGACAAAGUAAGGAAACCUGGAAAAAGAGCAUGAGCAGAUCGGACUCUGGAAGAGAUGUUAUUGACCUCACGGAUACUAAACCUGAGCAUGUUGCGUCAAGAGUUUCUAAUGUUAAGAAAAAGUUUGUGACCCUGAGCGAGCUUGGAAAUCAGAGUCUUUCACAGUAUCUGAAGUUUAUUAAGGAGAUGAAAAUGCCAAGAUCUGAAACGAAGGAGUUCAAAAUCCGAAAGUUAUUUAUCACUCCUCUGAUGCUAGGAAUUGAGGAGAUAAAGGAAAACGAUCCUUCCACUAUUAUUCUGAGAAGGACUCCUGCAAGCAAAAUUACCAGCUGGAAAAAGGCAUAUGAGCAAUGAGAUAUAUUAGCAUCUGCUAUAGUCCAUCAGCUGACUGCCUAUAAGAAGAGUAACCCAGCGAUUAAGGAUAAUAGUCAGAUGUCAAGAUUGGUCCAUGCACUCAAUAACACAGGCAACCAAAAAUUGAGAAUGAAGUUGCUAACUUGUGUGAUUUCUGCAGAUAAGUUUGUCAGGAUGACUCCUGAAGACUUAGAGCCUGAAGAUAAAUAAGCGGAAAAAGGCUGAAGUAGAAGUUAACUAUCUAAAACAGAAUGUUAUUGAUAAUAGCACACCCCUGCUAUUUCUAAAAUCACGGAAAGAGGAUAGGGCCAUUAACCUUGGAGAAGGUGUAACUCAUGAUGUCAGCGAAGACCUUAAUGUUGAUACUGGUGCUGAAAGUAGCACAGUCAUAACCAGAGCCGAAGAGUCAAAAGAACACUCCAAACUCAGGGGGAGCCUAAAGGCAAGCAAGCAGAUAGCCAUGACUAGAGAGAACAGUCAGUCUAAGAUUGAUCCUAUCUUUGAAGAUACUAGUAUUUGUUGUAUCAGUACUCAGAGUUAUGAAGACAAGCUGCUCUUAUAAACGAGUGUUUUGAUAGGGAUAUCUCAAGAUUUAUAGAUAAGAAGUUAAGCCAGAUCCUGACCAAGAGUGAUGCCUCAAAUUACCAGAAAUUAUGCGCCAGAGCCCAGAAGAACGCUAGUAAAGCACUUGGGAGUAUUCAGAAGGGAUUUAUACAACUUAAGGAGAGUAAAAAGAAGGAUGAGAUUUUGAGGAAUAGGAUUCGAUUUUAAAACAAACUUUACUUAAAAAUUUCAC